UUUUCCAGGUUCGCGUUACCGCACGCGCGCUCGCGCGCUCACUUAUCGACGCGACCACGACGCCUCGGAACAUUUGGUUUCCCUAUCGCUAGACUCGUACCACUAGAAAUCGACGUAGACGACGUAGACGAUAACGUAGAGUCGUUCGUUCCCGAGAACGAGGAAGGAGUCGCUCGUCGCUGGUUUCCACCGACGUAUCCCGGAGAAGGGAGCGUCGAACCCUUUUCAAGCGGUCGAAACUAAGCGGUCGAACUCGAACGGCACCAGCUCGCCCGAAAACGAUUCCUCGUCUUCCUCCUCCUUCCUCCUACCGUUACACCUUCGUGGCUCGGCCACUUCUUCCCAAGGAUUCGCGGGACUAACAACAUUCCUUCUGCUUCACGAGAUAUCGACUUUCCCACAGUCGCCUACGGAAAUUGAGCGUCUUUCGACGACGAGGCAUCCUUCUUUCGAUUAUCGUUAUUUGGAAGAAAAAUAAAAGAAGAAAUUCGUAGGAGAAGUAAAAGGUCGGAGAACGUCUCCGUUUACCGCGAAUUCUUGUAAAUAUUCCCCAUCGCGUACCGUUCGCACCGAUCGGGAGAAAGACCGAGAGAGAGAGAGAGAGAGAGAGAGGGAGAGGGAGAGAGGUUGCUCCAAGUUUGAAAAAAGAAGCGAGAAAAGAGGGAAGUCAGCAUCGUUAGCCAAUUCAUUUAUUCGCGGUGGCUCGACGCUCGUCCAGCAUAAUCCGUCGAUUUGUCGGCGCGGCGUGUCCCGUGUAAUGCCGCUUCUUGCCGCUUGUAAUCGAGGAGAGGGAAAGAGAGACAUAGAGCGAGAGAACGAGCGAGAGGACGAGGCGAAGAAAAGACGCGUCGCGGUGACUAUAUGUGAACGACCGUAAGAAAAGCACGCUGAUCGUGCGAGCGAGCGAGUCCGGCGACUCUCUCUCUCUCUCUCUCUCUCUCUCGCUCUCGCUCUCGCUCUCUCGCACAGUCGCUUUUACUAGUCGCUUUGUCCACCGUCGCGAGUUUAUUGGUACGACAGGGCGCUAAAUUAUUGAUGCUCGACUGCACGCCACGUCGGAAAGAAGAAGAAGAAGAAGAAGCAGCAGGAGGAGGAGGAGGAGGAAGAGAGGGAGAGAGGAGAGAAGGUGGAGUCGAGGGAGGAAAGGACGACUCGGCCCGUGAUUUCAGAAAAACUUUUUCGUGCUACUCGCCUCGAGUCGUCCCCUCUCUUCUUUUUCUCCUCUCUCAUUUCCAUCCUCAUCCGACUUUUCUACCCGUCCCUCUCUCGCUCUGUCGCGCGCGUACGCAUCCAAGAGGGGGACCAGAACUCGCGCUCUUUAAAAGGGUAAGAAGGUUGGAGAGAAGGUCGUCCAAGUACGCUUUGUGGGAAAGUUUCGCGCGCGAACCUAAUGAGAGGUUUAAAUGGAUCAACGAGAAGUGGAGAGAAAAGCUUCGUUACUUCGUUACUCGUCGACUCGACGAUCGAUCUCGUACGUAGGAAUCCGUCUCUCGAGGGUGACACCAACGUCGAAAGACAUCGGCGAAAUAUCGUCGACUGGAAACUAGACUCGAGACUUUGAACGAUGAUCCGAUUAGAGAGCUUUCGCGGAGAGAGCUUUUCGUGCCGGUGAAGCUUAUCAACUGCGCGGUAAAGAAUGGACGAAGGAACGUCGGAAGAAACGAGAUAAAAGAUUCUUCGGGCGAAGCGAAAAACGAUAAAAAAGAAAAUGACGCGGAUAAAGGGGAAACAACGAAUGAGACAUCGCCAGAGAAUAACGCAGGGAGAUGAAUAAGAAUCAUCCUUGAUUAACGAUUAUUCGAGGAAGAGGAGGAGGAGGUGGAGGAGAGGGCGAGCCAACGUCGAACGAUCGCUACUCUUUGUCACGAAGCGCGCAUAUCUACCUAGGUAUGCCGUGCGGAUCCGUAUACACGUUAAAUAAUCUUACGUAAUCCCCCAGAUCCGAUAAAUGGGAUAUGUACCCACCUACGAUGUUUCCGUAGCCCCACAAGUACCCCGCAUGACCAUCGUCGUCGUAGAACGUCUCGCGCGCGCGCGCGCGCGAGAGAGAGAGAGAGAGCGAAUUUAAACCUUACUCGACCGUCGACGUUCUCGACCGAACGACGAAUGGCAAAAAAUGCGAUCCGCCGAACUCUAGUUAUUUCGUUUCGGACGUCAUUACGUGAUCGUUUUGUGAUCGGCGUAACCAAUAUUUUUCGACGACGAAGAAACAACGAAGAAAUCCUAUUUUCCUCGUCUUCUGUUCGUCCUCCGACAUCUCGGCUUCUCGAAGUUGUCGAAGUUUUCGGGAGGAAGGUCAUAGAUAAGAGAAUCGAGACGAUCGUCCUGCGAUGGACGAAUACGAUUACGACAGAAGGGGAAGGUCCGCCGGUGCCGGGAGACGCGCCGGCAAACCUCGCGACCCGGAAGAAGAGGACGAUUUCGAUAUACGCGAGAAAAACACGGCUGGUCACGGUACUCUUCAACGAUUGGACAGCAUACAAGAUCCGGAAAAGAGAUAUGCCCUCAAAGAAGUCAUCGGUUCCGGAGUCUGCGGCGACGUUUACGAGGCGAUCGACCAACAAGCCGGCAGCAAAAAAGUGGCGAUCAAGAUACAAAAGCUUACGCCGGAGACGCAGGCCUUGAUCGUCGAAGAGUAUAGGGUAUUGCGAGAUUUCGCGGGACAUCCCAACCUACCAGACUUUUAUGGAAUUUAUCGAAGGAGAUCGGGAAAGAAGACGGAAUACGAUCAAAUAUGGUUCGUCAUGGAGCUCUGCGAAGGCGGAUCCGUAAUGGACUUGGUGAGAGGUCUCAUCGCUUCGAACAAAAAGAUGCGCGAGGAACACAUAGCUUAUAUACUUAAGGAGGUAAUCAAGGCGUUGAUACAUCUACACGAAAACAACGUCAUUCACCGAGACGUCCGCGGCAGCAACAUACUUCUGACGAAGGAGGGCGAAAUCAGACUGGUGGAUUUCGGUCUUUCGAGGAUGAUAAAGGGCGAGCUUGGUAAGAGAAAUAGUUGUAUAGGCUCGCCGAAUUGGAUGGCGCCUGAAGUGGUGACCAGUAAGGCCGGUGGCUCCGAUAGCGGAUACGGAAGUCGCGCGGACGUCUGGGCGAUCGGCAUAACGGCGAUAGAAUUGGCAGACGGCAGACCACCCUUUCAAGAUAUGCAUCCUACUCGCGCGCUCUUUCAGAUCGUCAGAAAUCCACCGCCGACACUCUACAGACAGUCGAAUUGGUCGCAAAAUUUUAACGACUUUAUUUCCGAAUGUCUAGAAAAGAAUCCCGACAACAGACCGUUCAUGGCCGAAAUCAUCGAACAUCCUUUCCUGGCGGAACUACCGGAAAACGAUUAUUUGCUGACCCAAGAAAUCAAGGCACUGGCUAUGGACGUUUUGGAGAAGGGUAAAGCGGGUAGGCAGCCAGAAGCGAUCGUACGAAAAAAUUUGUUAAAGACUCAUCAAACCAACCCACCGGAAGCGAUGUUCACGGAAGAUCUCGCGGCUCUCGAAGUUUUGACGGAGGAUGCGAUCUUGGACGAGUUGCAGGAUAGACUACAGCAGGGCCACUUUCAUACGUUCGUCGGGGACGUUCUUCUGAUACUAAAUCCCAACGAGAGAUACGACAUUUACGGAGCUCAGGAUCAUGCAAAGUAUCAGUGCAAAUCACGCUCCGACAAUGCACCUCACGUUUACUCCGUCGCGGAUAGCGCUUAUCAAGACGUUCUUCACAACGAGGAACCUCAACACAUUUUGUUCGCCGGCGAGAGUAACUCGGGUAAAACGACCAACAUGCUGCAUGCCAUCGAACAUCUCAUGUUCCUCGGAAAGAGCUUGCAAGACACCGGAGCUAGACUAAUGAAAGCUUUGAAGGUGAUUCACGUAUUCAGCAACGCCGCGACGCCUCUUAAUCCAAACUCGACGAGAUGCGUGCUACAGACGCAAACGACGUAUGGCUCCUCCGGGAAAGCGUCCGGAGCAAUAUUUUGGCUCUAUCAAUUGGAAAAGUGGCGCGUUUCGACGCGCGACAGGAAUCAAUCAAACUUUCAUAUAUUUUAUUACUUAUACGAUGGCCUCGACGCGGCUGGAAAAUUAAGACAAUACUAUCUUCCAACCGGAAGGAGAAUGCGAUAUCUUCGAAUCAGCGAGAAGGGCAACGAACGAAAACGAUCGUUUAAAGUUAGAAACGAUCCCGACGGAAACGUAACUAGAUUCGGAGUUAUGAAAGAGAAUCUAAAGAUCAUGGAGAUGGAGGAAUACUGCGAGACGAUGUGGAAAAUAUUAGCGGCUAUCUUGUUGCUCGGGGAAAUCAGAUUCGUCGAAGAUAGCAACGGCGAGGCCGAGAUGGACAGCAACGAAACGGCAAACCGAGUCGCGGAAUUGCUCGAGGUGGAUCCAAAAAAGUUUUCUUGGGCUUUGAUCAACUAUUGCCUGAUCAGAAAAGGAGCGGCCGUUCGCAAAAAGCAUUCGUGCGAGGAGGCGAAAGAGGCAAGAGACGUCUUGGCGAAUACGAUUUAUCAACGACUCGUGGAUUGGCUCAUCAACACGAUGAACCACAAAUUCACGGUGACUCGUACUCUUUUCGGUGACAAGUAUUCCAUAAGCGUGCUCGAUCUAUUUGGUUUCGAGUGCUUCGCGGUGAACCGCAUCGAACAAUUGUUCGUGAAUACCACCAACGAACAGAUGCAAUGCCAUUACAAUCAACGAAUAUUCGCUUGGGAAAUGCAAGAGCAAGAAGAAGAGGACAUAACGGUACAAAAAUUGCAUUUCUACGACAACAAGGACGCGAUCGAUCGACUGAUGGGAAAGGACAAUGGAUUGUUUCACAUUAUAGACGAAGCGUCGAGGCAACUGCAGGACGUUCAGUAUAUAUUCGGAAAGAUAAAAGAACGAAUACAAGGCAUACAUGUCAAACAGAUAAGCUCGCACGAAUUUACCAUAGCUCAUUACACCGGGAAAAUCGUAUACGACGCGAGCGAGAUCUCUGAAAAGAAUCGCGACUUUGUUCCACCGGAGAUGAUCGAAACUCUGAGACAGUCCUCUCUCGAGACCGUCAAGGAUAUGUUCACGAACAAACUAACGAAAGCUGGUAAUCUUACGAUAGUGGUGGACGAUCCGAAAACGGAGGAGAAGAAAACGCCGAAGAGUAAAUGGGGAGUCAUCAUGCAAGAAACUACGAAACUCAGGAAAUACAACACUGCUUCGAAGGGACAAUAUUCGCAAACUCGCAAGAUGAGAACCUGCGCGGCGACGUUUCGAUCCACCAGUCUCGAAAUUUUGAAGAGCCUUCUGGUGGGCGGCGGAAGCGGCGGUAUACACUUCGUCAGAUGCAUUCGUGCCGAUCUCGAGGGUACACCACAAGGCUUCUAUCGCGACGUAGUCAGGCAACAGAUCAGAGCACUGGCCGUAUUGGACACCGCCAAGGCCAGACAACGAGGCUACCCAUACAGAAUAACCUUUCAGGAAUUCCUUCGAAGAUACAAAUUUUUGGCCUUUGACUUUGACGAGAACGUAGAGAUAACGAAGGACAAUUGUCGACUGCUUUUAGUAAGAUUGAAGAUGGAAGGAUGGAUCAUCGGGAAAACUAAAGUAUUUCUAAAGUAUUACAACGAGGAAUAUUUAUCGCGAUUGUACGAAACCCAAGUGAAAAAGAUCGUCAAGGUACAGUGCAUGAUGAGAGCGUUCUUGGCGCGCAAGAACAUCGCGAACAAAGUGGUCAACCUGAAGAAACAAGUUGUGAAGCAAGCGUCGAUAAGGAAGAAGGAGCCGUCGAUAGACAUGACGCAAGAGGAAGCUGCGCUGAUGAUACAGAAAGCGUACAGGGGCCAUGCUGUGAGGAAGGAAAUGGCUCCGUUGAUGAAGGGAGAGAUGGAUCAGGAGACGAAGGACUUCAUCAAAUUCUACAGCAGCAAAUGGAGGUCGAAGAGCAUAUUCCAAGUCCUCCUACGCUACCGUGCAGCCCGCUUUCAAGACCUCGUGCAAUUUUCGCAACAAGUACACCUGUUCAAUCAAGCGACAGCGGGGACGCUAGAAGCGACGAAUGAACGCAUACCCUUAGAUAAAAUCGACCCGGGCAUUAAAGCAUCCGCAUACUUAGGCCAGAUGAAACCACCCCAAGUUCACAAGCUACCCUUCGACAUUUAUCACGAAAUGCCAUACUUCGAUACGAGUUACAUGAAGAAUCCCUCGGGGAAAAAGAAGAGCGCAGGAUCCAUGUCGACCUCGGUGUCUGACGACGAGCACGAGCCCUGGGACGCGCCAUUAAGGAGACAAACGGUGCCUUGGCCCAACAGCGACGGUCGUACCAGAGACGUCGAGGUUCAAACGACGAACUCGCCACAUCGCGUGGCGCAACAACGCCCGUCGGGCAGCGAGGGACAGAGUUUGAUCAACACUCCGUUUUCCAGAGACCCGAAUGUCCCGGUCCGAUGUCCACCGGAAGAUUCGACCCGGGCCAAAGUCGGCAACGCCGGAUACCAACAAGCCGCGAUCGACCGUAGUCCCGCACGAUCUUUUAACGCUCAUAAUCCUCGCUCGAAUAAUUACGAGAACAUCGGCUCGAUACGCUCUAAGAAGAACGCACCCCCUCCUCCUAUCCCGUUCGGCCAAGCGUCACCAGUCCCGCCGAGUCGCAGUUACGAUCCUCGCAACACCGAGGGUCGAGCCAGGAAUAAUUUGGACAGCGGAAACGAUUGGGAGUUCGAAGACAAAGUUAAUCGAAAUACCAGCGCCGUCGCAGGCAAUCGCGUAAAUCCGAUACACGAGCUGCAAAUGCUCGGCCGUAAGCAGAACAACAACGACGACGGCGGCGGCGGCGGCGGCGAGGAUCAACCACCGUUCAAUUUUCAGGCGAUGUUAAGAAAAACUCCGCAUCAACGUGCCUCGAUGAAACGCACCGCCGUCUAUGACAGCUACGCUCCUUCGCCCUCUCCGUACGGACGUCCGAUCAGUCGCGAGGAUCAAUACGAGUCCAACGUCGUUUACAGAAGCGGCGGAAGCCGGAGAGACUCCUCCGAGUGGAGUCCCAACGAAAUGAUCAGAAUGUCGGAAAAGUAUGGUAGGGAAGGUGCCUGGUCUGCUGCCGGAGAUCGCAACGACGCCGGCGACGUUUCCGAGAGCGUCACCACCGAACUCGCUCCUGGAAUCGUCGUCGAAGGCUACGUUUCCGAGCUCUAAAUUUGCGUGACGGAGAGAGAGAGAGAGAGAGAGAGA